AUGGAAGACCACGAUCAAGAACAACAAAAGACGGAAAUUAUUCAAUCUCGAGAUUUAGAAACAAUUAAAAAUGAACAAUCAUCAGUAAAAUCCUUGAUUGAAUCUAUUCUUCUCGAGUCUACCAAACAAGUAGAUAAUAAAAAAGCACAAUACAAUAAGAAGAUUAAAACUAGUCGUCAGAAAGAACUUGAAUAUUUAACAAAUGUAACAAAACCUAUACUUACUUCUCCUGAGCAAUUGAAUAUUGCAUGUGAAAGGAUUAAUUCAUUAUUAUUAAAUCAUAAGACAAUAUUACUUCCUGCUUGUUAUUCACUCGAUAAACUUAAUUCCGGUCGUGUAACUUAUGAACAAUUUCGAUUAGUUAUAAGAGAUCUAUUACCUCAAAUGUCAAAAGAAGAUUUUUUCAUUCUAACAAAAUUAUUCGAAAUUGAAAAUUCAGUUGACUAUCGAAUGAUAUUCGGUGAAAAUUUUAGUGAUGGAAUUUUACAAUUUAUUACACCAAUAUCUGUAUUACAACCAGAUGAAAUGAUUCUUGAAAACAAACUUUCAAAAUCAUUUGAUAAAACUUUACAACUAAAUCAUUCAAAAUAUGUUACUAUAUAUUUUCGUUUGAUUACUUUUGAUUCUUACAACGCAUAUCCAGGUCAUAUUAAACUUACUGUAUCUGAUCAAACUAGUAUCUAUGUUCUAUCAAAAAUGAUUAUUGAGGAAACACAAUUAGCUACACGAUUUGUUAGUAUAUUUCGUGAAAAAGUUUGUUCACAUAAUACUCUUCUUAAACCUAUGUAUUCACUAGAAUAUUAUGAUUAUACUGGUACAUAUGAUAAAAUAUUUCCAGUUUAUACAUUAUAUUAUGAUUAUUCAUCAAUGGAUAUAUACGAUACUUGUCCAAUACUUAAAUGUGAUUAUUACAUGAAAUAA